AAGUCACCCCCACUUUUCUCUCUUAAAUCUCCUAUUUCGUCGCCGCCUCUCUUCUCUCACAAUGGCUGACAACAUGGAGAAAUUUGGUGAUGUUAUGCCCAAGAUCGUUGAUCCAAUGAAGUUUAACGUGGUGGAAGCUCAUGAGCUACGUUUGAUGAACACCGAGUGGAGCAAGGUGGUACCUACUUUGGAGGACGGAGGCUACCGUGGCGAUGAACCGUGGCUCUUGUACCAUGGAAGGGGAGCCUCUCGAGCUCAUCUGUAUGAUCCACUCCGAGACAGGCGUUACGGUUGUGACGACAGCAAUUUCCAAGGGGCGAGAGUUUUAGGGUCUAAUCUAGGAUGGGUCGUGGCCGUAGCCUCGGUUAGCGUAAACCCUAGGUCUGAACACAACCUGUUUCUCUACAAUCCGUUUAGCACGAUGAGGUACGACCUUCCGGUCCUUAACGCAGUGUUCCCUCUGCCAAGCUGUGUUGUCCGUUACGGGGUUAUAACCAGCGAUCCCUUGCAAAACGGCGCCUUUGUUUGUGUGGUUACGGAUUGCUCAGCCAUAGUUGGUAGUAUGGCGCGUCCUCUCCACCUCCACUAUCUUCUGAAGACCAACGGAGUUUGGGAGACUGCGUGGAAGAUGGCUUCUGUUCCCCUCGUCGAUGAUGAUGACGCGCCAGACUUUUACGACUACAAGUUUGUCCAGCAUAUCUCGCCGUCGGAGAACACCGUCUGUAUCCGACUCAGAGAUAACCGAUCAUAUGAGUUCAAUCUGGUGAACCCUCGUUGGAAGGUAUCCCAAACUCCCGUCCCAGAUGGUGUGGAUCUGAACCGAUUCGAUGACCUGACCAUCGGCGAGCUUAAAGUGAGACUGGAUCUGCCCGCAAACAUCGGAACCAGAGUUGAGAUCAUCGGCACGAAAACGGAUCGAGUCCGAGUUAAGAAUAAGUUCGCUAGUGAUGACGCAAGCACAUCAGAGGUCGACGGCGUUUGGUUGGAGGUCCGGCGUUGAGCUUUUUUAUUCGUUUUUUUGACAUAUAUGCAUAAUCAGUGUGUUCAUUGUGUGUGUCGAUCGCUUACUGACUCUUUAUCUCUACUUGUGUGUUAGCUUGCCCUGGGAAGCGUUGUGACAGUGUUUGGUUCAAGGUGUCGAGAUUUCGUGUCCAUCAUCUAUCUCCACCUCUCUAUCUCUAUCUUUUGUUAUUCCACGCUGCUUAUGAACUCUUUCUUACUAUCUAUCUUUGUUAGAACUCUAUGGGUUUGUAAUAAGUACUCUACUUUGUU